CAUUAUUUCUUCUCUAAUUACAGUAAAUUGUAAAUGGCAACCUUUCAAAUAACAAACCAUUUGAACCUUGGAGCAGAGAUAGCUAUAAUUUCAAUAAUUGACUAUCACCAACUUGCACGGCCAGAAAAGAAUGCGUGCGCAAGUAAUCAUGGGUUAAUAAUAAUAAUAACGAGACAUAUAAUGUUGUCAUUAUAUAAAGUUGUAAUAUUUUUAUAUAAACAUCAUGUCAUCCACCGCCGUGAUUAUGUAGCCAAGAUUAAAACAUUGCACUGAUCUGAACGGAUGUUUAGACCCAUCCCUUUCUUUGAUAUUCAGCUGGAGUCAAGCUACAUUACAGAAAAGUACGCGACGACCCCGAAGUAGUUGUUGUAAAGUAUGAAGAAAUAUGACAGCAUUUGUAGGGUCUUUAGUGAUAUUCGAGAUUCUCAUAUCCUUUGUGUUUCUUAAUUAUUCUCAGUAGUCCAACAGCUUGGCCGUACAACAUUCAUGCCACAAAACGAAGGGAGCACUGAUUGAUUAUAUAAAAACACGCUGAAAACUUGACAGCCUGGCGAAUGUGCUUUCGCUGAAUGGAUUAAAUUAGGCAAUGUAUGUCAGCGAGUUUGAAUUAAAUAAAUCAAAUUACUUGCGUCAGCGCUGAUGAAACAUCGAUACAACUGAGGCAUCAGUACGCAUCAGUAGCCCGUUUCACCUCAAGCCUUUACCGAAAUAAAUUAGAAUUCUUCAAACAUGAUUUACAACGCCUUCUUGCAAUAUAUCUAAACACAGUUAAAUUACCACGCAUUACUCAGAUUUCACUGAAAUAACUGAGAUGAAAGCUCAUAGAUUUGGCACUAAUUACUUCAAAUGCUUAAUGGUCUUGAAAAUGACUAGUUGGAAAUGUACCUUGGAUGUGUUGUUAGCUGCCUCAAAGAAUUCAUCGUUUUUGAUAGAUGGAUUCCACUCAAAUAAAGCUGUAACUCACAUGAAGGUAAUAAAACAGUUACCAGCUCACAGCACCCAUAGCAACCCUGUGUUCAUUCUCUUCACACGAAAACAAGCAAAUAUGACCCGCGUUCUGCAUUCGAUUCGCAAAGGGCCCCGAAAGUAGGACUACAACCAAAUAGUGACUUUACAAAAAGUGCCCCUUAUUCCAUGUGUUUAGAUGGAAUAAUAUUGCAUCCCAAGUCGGUCAAGUCGUAGGCUAUAAAGACUAGACUUUUCCACCUUUUGUGAAGCCUCUUUUUACCAGUAGCCUACAGAAAGAUUUAUUAUUCACCGGUUAUUUGCCAUGAUUAUGAAGUCAUUUAAAAUGUAUAGCUAAGGGGGCGACGCAAUAAAUCAGAUUUCAAAUGAACGAGAGCAACUGCAGAUGAAGCCGGUUUGUGGAUUUUAGUGGUUGGUUGUCUGACAUUUUCAACCCUCAAUUCUGAUUGGCUCCCAUUUGUGGAAGCUCACGGGCUCAUCCAACUAUUAAGCGCCUCCCAAUCUCUCUAAAGAACAGUAUAAUACAUGGAACCGCCUUUUUAAACGCACUGACGGCUUUCCUUCAUUUGAGCCCUAUGCGCUUUUUAAAAGGGUUAAAAGUUGUAGAGUAGUUUGGGAAGCAGUUGUGACUCCAGCAGUGCGCAAUGCUCUCUCAUGCCGACCUUUUGGAUACUCGCCUCGGUGAGUUAUCGCCACCAAACUCCGGUCUUCAGCUCCACUGGAUGAAGGAUGCUGCAGCCGAGCUUCUCGGACACAGAGAGGCUUUGAAGUGCAGACUAGGAGGAACUGACUCUGGACACCCCGGCGAUCUUACUUCGGCUACAGAGACUGUGGAAGGGACCACUCUGCUCCCCGGGGAAGACAUAAAUAAUGGGGGAUCCAAUCCUAAUGGAAUGCAGCAGGUCAACGCCAAAGACCAAGAAAAGCAGCAACAGCAAAACUCUAAUAAUCAGUCGGGUGGCCAGCAAAACCAACAGAAACAGAAACGCCACAGGACCCGCUUUACUCCAGCGCAGCUGAACGAACUGGAAAGGAGCUUUGCUAAAACCCACUACCCUGAUAUCUUCAUGAGAGAGGAACUUGCAUUACGGAUUGGUUUAACGGAGUCACGGGUUCAGGUGUGGUUCCAGAAUCGACGCGCAAAAUGGAAGAAGCGCAAGAAGACAACCAACGUUUUCCGGGCGCCGGGCACUUUGCUGCCAACACACGGUCUGCCUCAGUUUACGUCUGCGGCUGCGAUGGGCGACAGUCUCUGCUCUUUUCAUGCCAACGACACUCGCUGGGCCGCGGCCGGGAUGCCUGGAGUCUCACAGCUGCAGAUACCGCCUGCGCUGGGCCGACAGCAGGCGAUGGCACAGUCCCUGUCCCAGUGCAGUCUCGGAGCCGGCCCCCCACCAAACUCCAUGGGCCUUUCCAGCAGCUUAUCGUCAAAUGGUUCCGGUCUUCAGUCGCAUCUGUAUCAACCCACAUUUCCAGGGAUGGUGCCCGCUUCCCUCUCGGGUCCAACGAAUGUGAGCGGCUCCCCUCAGCUGUGCAGCUCGCCGGACAGUGAUAUGUGGAGAGGGACUAGUAUCGCUUCGCUGCGCCGUAAAGCACUUGAGCACACCGUUUCCAUGAGUUUCACCUAAUUUCAGCAUCCAAGACGUCUUUUCUGUCACUGCAUACCCCAAGUAUUCCUGAAAAACAGUCACGGAGCACUCAGGAUAUGAGGUCAUAACUGUGAAAUUACAAACUGGCAGCCUUACUGGAUGAUGAGAUCCCAACAAACCCCAGACAAUGCUUAUAUGGCAGAUGUAGACUCUAGUAAUAGUUUUAAUGCUUGAAAUGUAUGUAAUUUAUUUAUGUGUUGGAUUCGGUCAUGUUUAUUUGGUUUUCAUAGCUAUUGAUUUUAAUGACGGCGAGUUAUUAAUUUAUUUAUGAGUAUUUAUUUGACUCUUCAUUCAUAUAUGAAGAAACAACUGCAAGCAUAUUUAUUUUGCGGAUCAGUGAUAUUAUUUUUAACUAAAUGUAAAAGGACACAUUAUUAAGGACCACAUGUGUGCAUGUACAGAUUGUUUUACGGCACGUACUACAUGUUGGAGUGAUUUUUCAGGUACAGAACUGAACAGGUUGGAGUAAGAGCCAAUUUCCAAAUGAUCAGAUUCACAUGCAUGUAAAAUUUCAACCAGGAUCAACAGGAAGUUGUUUACAUAAAGCAAAAUGAACUUGAGUGUUUGUGUAGAUAAGAAAAAAAUCUUGUUAUCUGCUGGUAUGUUUGUGAUAUGUUUUAACUUAUUGUCUGUGCUUAUUACUGGAAUAUGUUUUUUGUAAAUGUUUAUCUUACCAAAUUCAACAGAAUUGGGAAGGUUUAUGUA